UCUUUCAGGAGGAGAUCAUGGGGCUGAGCUUUUGAAUCAGGAACUAAUAAGGUUGAGUGGGAUGAUAAAAAUUACGACGGAGAAUAAGGAAUUUUCUGGCAGAAACCAGAAAGUACUACAAUGCAGAGCUGCAGACUGGAUUUUAUGAGUAAAUCUGAGGAGGCUAGAGUCACCAUUAACACCUGGGUGGAGCAGCAGACACAAGGUAAAAUUAAGGAUGUGCUAGCCAAAGGUGUGGUGGAUAGUUUCACAAAACUCGUUCUCGUCAACGCCAUUUACUUCAAAGGAAACUGGAACAAACAGUUUAGCGAGAGCUCUACUCGUGACUCUCAGUUCAGGAUAAACAUGAAUGAAACAAAACCAGUGAAGAUGAUGCACCAAAAGUCAAAGUUCCCCCUCACGUUCAUCGGUGAGAUCAACUGUCAGAUUAUUGAGUUGCCUUAUGAAGAAAAGGUGCUCAGCAUGCUCAUCUUUUUGCCCAGCAGCAUUGAGGAUGGUCUGGAGAAGCUUGAGCAGCAGCUGACCUAUGAGAACUUUGUGGAGUGGACCCGUCCUGACAUGAUGGAUGAGGUGGAGGUGCAGUUGGGACUCCCUCGAUUCAAGAUGGAAGAGACAUAUGACCUGAAAAACGUCCUGACCAGUAUGGGCAUGGUGGACGCAUUUGACAUGGGCAGAAGUAAUUUCUCUGGUAUGUCUCCAGGCAAUGACCUGUUUCUGUCUAAGGUGGUCCACAAAGCGUUUGUGGAGGUGAAUGAGGAGGGCACUGAGGCUGCUGCUGCCACUGCUGCCAUCAUGAUGCUGCGCUGUGCCCCUAUGUCCCCCCGAUUCAUCGCAGACCAUCCCUUCAUGUUCUUCAUCAGACACAAUACCACCAAAACCAUCCUGUUUGCUGGAAGAUACUGUUCUCCUGAGUAACCUGUUGGUAAUCACAAAAAACAAAGAAAGGGAAGCUAGUUUAUUAUCUGUAACUGUGCAACAGUGCUACUGCUUUAGACUUUUUGCCACCAGCCUGCAGCAAGUAUUUUCACCAAAAUGCCUUUUAACACCUAAAAUAGUUUCAUAUUCUUGUGACUUUUGUCGUAGCUUUUAGGUUACCACAAGAUGGCUGCCUUACGAUGCUAGACAAACCACAAAUUUUCACAUAUGCAACAACAAAAUAUCAAUUAAGAGAAAAUAAACAUGUAUUUGAAACCAGUUGAACACAAGGAGAAAAAGAUGGCAAGAGCCAUUCUUUUUUAUGUCUUUAAAAUAUAAAAAUGUACUUCAAAUGAAAUGUUAAAAAGUACUGUUCUUGUCUCUAAACUGUUUACACAGUUUACCUGAAUGUAUCACUGAAAUGUUGAAGGUGUUUGCAUUGUAAGAUCUAAUGCUGAAUCUUAUCUGUUAGCUCAAAUGUAUGGCUCCACUGACUAUCCUUCACACCUUUACUAAACAACAGCCCUCUUUAUCUUAUAGGUUUCACCCUCUCAUGGUAUUCACCUAUAAUGCCUUGUAAUGUAUAUUAUCAUGUGCACUUUACUUGUAUGCAUACUGACACACGUUUGUUCACUUAUAGAGGAUUUUAAGUGUGAAAUGUGCAAUAAUAUUAAAGAACUGCACUGCCUGGCA